GCUGUGCUGCUGUCCGACAUCCUGCGUGCAGGGAGGGGCUCGAGCCAUUAAACGGGAAGUGUUUUCUUAUCGAUCCAGAAUCACAAAGAAUCUACACGCGCGGCAUCAAAUGCACGGGCGCGCGAGGCGGAGGAAACUUCAUUUAGGAGAAAGUAGCCUGCAGUCCUUGUUUGAUAUUUACUUCCGAAGUGUCAGCAGUUUUGUUUUGGAGAACCAGUUCCCUCUGUAGUAUCGGUCGACUAAGGUAACCGUCUGGUCAAGCAGCUCUCACUAUGUCUGAUGGGGACUAUGAUUACCUCAUCAAGUUCCUGGCUCUGGGGGACUCUGGGGUGGGAAAGACCAGCUUCCUGUACCAGUACACAGAUGGCAAGUUCAACUCCAAGUUCAUCACCACGGUGGGCAUAGACUUCAGAGAAAAGCGUGUGGUCUACAAAUCCAACAGUACUGAUGGUACAACAGUGAGGGGCCAGAGGAUUCACAUUCAGCUGUGGGACACAGCAGGCCAAGAAAGGUUCAGGAGUUUGACGACGGCAUUCUUCAGAGACGCUAUGGGCUUCCUGCUGCUCUUUGACCUGACUAACGAGCAGAGCUUCCUCAACGUUAGGAACUGGAUGAGUCAGUUGCAGAUGCACGCAUACUGUGAGAACCCUGACAUUGUGCUGUGCGGGAACAAGUGCGACCUGGAGGACCAAAGGGCCGUCAGGGAAGAGGAAGCUCGAGAGUUGGCCGCGAAAUACGGGAUCCCAUACUUCGAGACGAGCGCCGCCAACGGCGAGAAUGUGGGUCGCGCAGUCGAGGUUCUGCUGGAUCUGAUCAUGAAACGGAUGGAGCGGUGUGUGGACCGGUCCUGGAUCCCCGACGGCACCUUGCGCUCCAACGGCCACAGCGGGAGUGAAAUGGUUGAACCGCCGACACAGGACAAGAGCAAGUGCUCCUGCUAGUGGCCACCCGCUGCCACUGCAGCCUGUCAUUCUGUUAGUGACCACUUGGUACAACCACCACACUCUGCAUACACCACUCUGAUAGCACGUAAGACAAACGCAAGUGCCUGUGAAUAAUGUCUUAAAGAAAUGGUCUUAAAAAUACUGCAAUUGGACAUGCAUUUUCCAAAAUUAUUUAAUCGUUAGGAUCUUUAAGUAUUUGAGAGAUAUUUGCCGUGUACCACCUUAAAAUGAGGCCUUCGGGUAAGUCGCACUCUCCGUUUACUGACGAUCUGUGUCACUAGGUCAUAUCCUAUCACUCAGGCUUUGAUUCCCUGAAUCUGUUACCAUGUGCUAAAGUUCUUACUGCAUUCACCCUCAUAAACAGUAAUGCCACUGGCAUGUUAAUGCCCUGAUCAGUGCCUGGUCUGUGUGGGGAUCUGGAGUGUAACUGUGUGGAUGAGUUUAAUAUAUAUAUUUGGAUGGAUGAUAAGGUGAGCAGUUGCAGAAGGGGGCGAGAGAGCAGGUGUGAUAGUGCUUUAUAAAAAACACGAUACACCAGAUUUCUGGGAUAGAUUCAUUCAAGCUUUAGUCCACGUCUGUGGAGAUUCUGCACUGAAAAUAAUUUCAGAGGCAGAACUCCGAACAGUGCUUUCCUGGAAACCUCGCAUUGCGUGGAUUUUAAAUGGUAAGAUUGGUUAGGAGACGUUCAUUCUUUAUCGUAGUCAUUUUAGUGCCUUUCAUGUGCAAUUCCGAGUUUCUCUCUUGCACUCACUAUGUCCAUCGCAGACAAGCUAGAAGAUCCAUGAUCCAUUUUCCUAUUCCUGUGUAUUCCCAGGAAUCUCCUGUAAUGGAUAACAUCAUUCAGUGCUUUUUACUGCUGUGAUGGACACAUUUCAACUCGUCACUUUUUUUUUUCUUUUUUUCUUUUUUUUUUUUUUUUUUAAACCUUAUUGUACUAUUCUAUUCUAUGGCCUGGGCACAUUUAAAUCAUUACAUUACAUUUAGUAGAUGAUUUGUUGUAUAGUAAAUGUUUAGUGAUGUCUCACUCUUGGGCACUUGCUGUGCACCUGUUCUGUUUGAACAGACUGGCCCACUAACUCAACAGUGUUUCUUUGCUUGAUGCUCUACACCAGCACUUCACUGCAAAUUAGAUUCCCUGAACCCAGCUCACUUAGUUCAGCUCAAGGCAAAUCGGGCGUGUGGGCACAGAGAUGUUUCUAAACCAGGCUGCCCAGUGUCCGCUGUAAGUUUCACUUCUGCUGUAAUGGAACAAAUUGCUACACAUUUAAGUUUAGAUGUAUUGGACAGAAUUAUCCACAAAUGUUUGUGUUUUAUCACGCAAAGGUUAUUUUCAGUGUCAUGACCCAGUUUGUUUGAUUGCAAUAUGGAGUCUUGUAUUUUAGACCUUAUAGUUUGAAUGUUAACUGUAAGACCAGACUUGCCUCUAGACUGUAAAAUGCCUUUACUGAAUUUGUGGUAAUGAUGAAAGUGUGAGUGAAUGUUAUUGAAUUACUUCCCUUAAUACAAACUACUUGAUAGUAUACUCAAGACAGGGACACCAAUGUACCUCAAGUGUCUAACCUAAUGCCAUAAUUUUAACACUGCAUCCAUGCCAAACACUCUCUAUGCCAAAUAUGGAUCCACAAUCUAUGUUUCAGAAAAUAAAUAUAUUUUAUUAUUUAUUAAAAUGGCUUCACA